AUGGCCAUAUUUCCUGUCGAUACUCAUGACCAAAAGACUGUCCUAGGUGUGGCAUUCUCUUUCUCCUUUCUUGCCGUCCUCGCCGUUGUCUUGCGCUUGACUGCCCAUGAGAUUGCCCGCAAAAGAUGGACACCCGCCGACUAUCUCAUCAUCACUGUCUGUGUAAGAAGCCUAGAGUUAGCAAUUGUGACUACCACUAAUCAGGUCGAGAUUUUCGCCGUUGGCUUGCAAGCAAUCAGCAUCACUGGUGUCUUCCUCGCUGGCAUUGGCUACGGGCACGUUAAGGACAUCGUAGCAGAAUACGGCCUGGAACCUUUCACCAAGCUCUCGCAGAUCGUUAUACCCUUGCAGUUUCUCUGGGUUCUCAGCCUCGCUUGUGCCAAGAUGUCGAUCCUUACUCUGUCUGUUUUCAUUUUCCCAAUUCGAUGGGUUGUUUGGGGCUCCUACGUAACCAUGGCUAUCCUUAUUGCUUGA